GGGAUGGAUAUCUCAGUAUCCCAUGUUGAAUCUUGUCAAACAUUCCACACUGCGGAAGAUGAUGUGACUUUGGAGGCAAGUGAAUGAGUGAAUGUGUGAAUAUGAAUAUGAAAUAUUUACUGUGUUAGGAGUAUGGAGUGUUGAUAGAUAACGUCUUCCUGUUUAAUGUAGGCGCACGUAUACACAUACAAGGAUUCCAGCAGGUGCCAUGGAGUUGCAAAUCUAUGCUUCAGCUUGUCUCCUAGCAUUGGUUUCCACAACGUCUGGGUUCUUUUGGACUCCCCGUGGUCCUCAGAUGUAUCCCUGCCUUACCUAUAUGGAGCGCAACCUGCGUGUAGACUGUGAGUUUCCUUUAGAAGACAACCCAUCACACUUAGGCCCCUACUGCGAAUACAAACAAGACAGCCGGCUGGUGGGCAGCACCUACCCCAACGCUGUGACCCUGGUGUCCACAGACAACCGAAGGAGGGCCAACGUGAGCCUCGUCAACCCGACCUUGUGUCGCCUCACCUGGGCACCAAUGGCAGAUGACAAGCCCUACACCUACACCUGCAGAGUGUACCAGGGGUCAACCCGGAAGGAAAACAGCAUGGCUGUACACCAGCGACUUCUGCCAAUCUGCUCUGCACUCAUCGUGAUGAUCCAUGCCGGGUUAUUGCUUCUGUCACUAGGGAUGUCACUUCCUGUAGCUAUGGGGUUUCUCUUUCCCUGACCCUGUCCUUUGUCCAGAGAGCUAGGUAUUAUCAUGUUUUUAGACCGAUUUCCAUAAGAGUUCACACAAUUUAGGUUGUAUGAUGUAUAAUGUCCACGUCCACGAACGGGAAACGUACCAAUGUGAUAUUUGAGACAAAGGAGAUGAGACAGACCGGGAAUCCAUGUUCAGAUUUCUCUGGUUCCUUCAGUAAUCACUUCAAAACUGAUUUCAUUCUGUUGGGUCUAUUCUAUACAAUUGAGGCUUUUCUUAAAGAGAAGCAGAUGAGAAUGUUAUCAAAAGCAAAUCAUAGUCCAACUUUCCAAACUGGUAGCAGCCGCUUUGUGACUUUCUUUAUUACAAUACCUGUAUCACUGAUGCAGCAAAUAGGUCAGUGGAGCACAGAGCGUGGGGGAUGAAGGAAAGAUACAGUCAUUGGCACAUGACUCUGAUUAAACAAAGUGAAUAUUUGUAAAAUUC